AUGAAGCUGAAAGAGGAUCUGAACCCAGUGCUGCUGCUGCUCUUCCAGGUGACGGUGUGGCUGUACUCUGUCCUAGCCUUCCUACCCUCCUACCUCUUCAGCUCUGUGUCAGAAUCAGACGCAGGCCUCGGCUCAGAACAGGAGCGGGCUCAGAGACUCAAGGCCCGGUCUGUGACGGGUUGCCCCGCGGGGCCCUACAGGGCCAUGGGCGCCACAAAGAGGCUGGUGUCGUCCCUGCACCCUGGGGUGGACACACUGGAUAAGGUGUUUGAGGAUGCAUCCAGAAGGUUCCCUGACAGAGACUGCCUGGGCACCAGAGAGGUAGUCAUGGAGGAGGAUGAGAGGCAGAGCAACGGAAAGUUCUUCAAGAAGGUGAUCCUUGGGCAGUACCGCUGGCUGUCCUAUGCCGAGACCCACAGGGCAGCAGCCUGCUUUGGCAUUGGUCUGGCAGCGCUUGGCCAGAGGGCCCACAACAAUAUUGCCAUCUUCUGUGAGACCAGGGCCGAGUGGGUAAUAGCCGCACAGGCGUGCUUCAUGCAAAACUUCCCCUUGGUCACUCUGUACUCUACCCUGGGGGGUCCAGCCAUCACUCACGGUCUGAACGAGACAGAGGUCAGUCACAUCAUAACCAGCAGAGAGCUACUGGAGACCAGACUCAAGCUCUCUGUGCUACAGGAGAUUAUGGAUCGUAUCUAUAAGAAUGUGAUGACCAAGGUGGAGGAGAUGAGCAGUGCUCAGAGGACUCUGUUCACUCUGGCCUACAACUACAAGCUGGAGCAGCUCUCCCAGGGACGCAGCACGCCACUGUGUGACAACUUAGUGUUUAAGAAGGUUCGGUCCCUCCUGGGGGGGAAGACCAGGGUGCUGCUGUCGGGUGGGGCACCCCUCUCUGCCGCCACCCAGCGCUUCAUUAAUGUCUGCUUCUGUUGCCCCGUGGGCCAGGGCUAUGGCCUCACCGAGACCUGCGGAGCUGGAACCAUCAGCGAGAUGUGGGACUACAGUACAGGGCGAGUUGGAGGACCACUCGUUUGUUCUGAAAUCAAGCUCAAGGAUUGGGUGGAGGGUGGCUACCACAUCACAGACACGCCCACCCCACGAGGUGAGAUUCUGAUUGGCGGGCCCAAUGUUACCAUGGGUUACUACAAGAACGAGUCCAAGAACCAGGACUUCUUUGUGGAUGAAAACGGCCAGCGCUGGUUCUGUACGGGAGACAUAGGAGAGGUCCAUCCUGAUGGAUGCCUCAAGAUCAUUGAUCGUAAGAAGGACCUGGUUAAGCUCCAGGCAGGAGAGUAUGUGUCUCUGGGGAAGGUGGAGGCCAUGCUGAAGAACUGCCCCCUUAUAGACAACAUCUGUGCCUACGCCAACAGCGAUGAGAUGUACGUGAUUGGCUUUGUGGUGCCCAAUCAGAAGCAUCUGCUUUUGCUGGCGGAGCAGUAUCUUAUCCGGGGCUCAUGGGAGGAGCUGUGUGACAACGCUGCCAUGGAGGAGGUGGUCCUGCAGGUCAUCACCGAGGCCGCCCUAUCAGCCCAGCUGGAGCGGUUUGAGAUCCCCCGUAAGAUCCGUCUGAGCCCCGACCCCUGGACCCCCGAGACGGGCCUGGUGACCGAAGCCUUCAAGCUCAAACGCCAGCAGCUGAAAAGCAAGUACCAGGACGACAUCGAGAGAAUGUACGGCGGGAAGUAG